GGAUGUGAUGAAACAGUUUCCUGCACACAAGAGAGAGAAGAUGAGGCCCUAUGUGGGGUUUAAUCUGCUCUGUCUCUCAGUGUUUCAUAACUGAACACGAGACAACAGCAGCUGAGGUGAUACAGGAGGUGGUCUAUUUAAAAAAAAAAAACUGAGUGGGGGGUUUACUUCCUCUAGUAGGACUAUGUCAAACUUCGGCAGUCUUUUCCUGCAGAUCAUCCACAGUACAGUAAGUGCAGGCCUGGGGCUUGUUGUGCUUUCAAAUAUUUGCUCUGUCUCCAUCUACUGGAAAAGAAAUGUUGGACUGGCCAGUAUCUAGGCUAGACUGAGUUCAGAGGCAUAGAGGAGACAACCAAAAUAGAUCGUCGAGGCCCAAAUUUAUUUAUCCUCCGCCUCGGAAUUUGGCUCCUUUCGGCGAUGGUUGACAAAUCAGAGAAAUGAAGACUUCGGGGGGGAUUUCUCUGCGUUUCAGAUUCCCUUGUGUUGCUGAAUUUCCUCCCCACCUCAGACACUGACAGCAGCAGCAGCAGCAGCCAGGAGCAGGAAUCCUGCUGUCCCGUGGAAUUAUCACGGCACCGAGGCGAGAUAUUACGCAUGGAACAUGGCUGCUAUGAGGACUUUAACCGUGGCAGGUCUCUUUUUGGCGUUUUGCGCUCUGGGGCUGAUAGCUGUGGCGAUCAGCACUGACUACUGGUACGAGACUGACGCGAGGAGGCACCGGGAGCGCUGCAAGAAUUAUUCAAACAAAAGAAACGACCCCGGCUACAUUUACAUCUCCAACAACAACCUCCCGCUUCGCAUGUUGCCAAAGGAGAAAAAUGUGGAGAGGAAGGGCUCCAGUGUCAGCGGCGAAAUGCUGCUGCGGGCCAAGCGGCACUUCUUGCCUCCUGCCCCGGCCAUGGAGUCCCUCUGCAGUCGGCAAUUCAACUCCACCAUCACUGGGCUGUGGAGAAAGUGCCAUCGAGAGGGAUUUGACUUGGAGACAGAGGAUUUGAUCUUUAAAGGAUUGGUUCCGCGCUGCACGCCAAUAAAAUACUACUACUCCUCAUCAGCGCUCCCCAGAAAUCUGCCAAUCAACCUGACGAAGACAAUAAGGCAGGAUGAGUGGCACGCGCUCCACCUCCAGAGGAUGACCGCCAGCUUCAUAGGUAUGGCCAUAUCCAUCAUCCUGUUCGGCUGGAUCAUAGGCGUGCUGGGCUGCUGUAAGGAGCAUGAUCUGAUGCAGUAUGUCGCUGGACUUCUCUUCCUCAUGGGAGGGACAUGCUGCAUAAUCUCUCUUUGCACAUGUGUGGCUGGGAUCAACUUUGAACUGUCCCGCUAUCCUCGCUACAUGUUUGGCAUACCGGAGGACAUCAGUCACGGUUAUGGCUGGUCCAUGUUUUGUGCGUGGGGUGGACUGGGCCUCACAUUGCUGGCCGGUUUCCUGUGCACACUCGCUCCUUCCCUCUACCCUCCACACACCCCUGUGGUGCACAAGCCCAGGCAGGAGAACGGCUGCGUCUGACAGGCCGCCGCACAUCUAACAGACACCUGUCUCAUCCUGAAACGCUGACGAGCCCCUGUUCCACAGACAGUUUUACCCAGGGACUCAGAGCAGAGAAAGAGAGAGGGAGAGAGAGAGAGAGAGAGAGAGAGCCUUCACAUGGCACAGAGAAAGCACAGGACACUGGCUCUCACUCACAUGAAAAUGACAUGAAAAAGAGGUGACAUUUGACUGAAGACGAUUUCAGUUCCUCUGGUGCUUUUUUUCCGUCCAUCUUUAUGAAUGAACUGUUCAGUGUUAUUGCUUGCUCUUCAAGAGGAGAAUAGUUAUACAAAUUUUCUUCCUGUACAAUCUGCUAGUUUGAGAAGAAAAAAAGAGAAAAAGAAACACUGGCAGAAGACCCAUAGCACAACUUUGAAAUCUGUCUUGAUCAAACUAUGGAUGUGUACUGUCACAUUUCAAAGGGCAACUGUGUAUCAUUAUGUACCCAUUCAAAACAAGAUAUGUACAUGUACUUUUUAAAUUGUAUGUAUGCAGAUGCAUUUGUGUUUAUCCAAGGAAAAAUAUGAGCAUUAAGACCAAACUGUGUUUGAGGGAAAUGUUUUGUUGUUCUUGAGGUCCUACCCCAUCAAAAUAUUUUUGAAAAAUAAAACAACCAUGCAAAAGUAA